AUGUCCGACAACUUUGCAAAACGCGUCUUGCCAGUUGCUUCCCGGGUGAGGGUAGAUGACAAUGGGGAAAACGGCGACGAAAUCACCGAUGCUGCACCAGACAACAACCAAGAGACUCCCGAGAAAGACGGAAAGCUCCAACUGACCGUCAUCAAGUAUGAUUCUGGAACGGCAAAGCUGCUGCCCGGUGGUAGACUGGCACCAACUCCAUCGCAGCUGGCAACUUCCCCACUGGGGGUUAUCCGAGCUUAUCUGUUGAAAAACGGGUAUCUGGAGAAGGCUGAUCGGAAUAAACCAUUCUGCACCAAGGGUGGAAUCGAAGUAACUGAUGACAUUACCUUUGAUCAUUAUAUCCAGGAGAAUGCCAACACUCCAGCUGCGGAUGGGGAAAACGCUGGGAACGGAGAUGGAAGACCGACAAAACACAACAUCUAUGUCCUCACCAAGGAGAGGGAAAAGAAGAGUUUGGACCCAAACGUAGAUGCCUUCGUCAAAAAGCCCCUUGACCUUUCUAAUGCCGCAAAAGUCGAAUUCGCAACAGCCUUAGCUGGAGCGCCUCUGACCUCCAGCUUUACUAACAGCAGCUGGGCAGCGGAGGCAGGUGGAAGUAUUAUUUACCCCGCCGACAUGACCGAAAAAGAAUGGGGCAUUGUCAUGCGCAACAACAACCUUCUUUCCGGUCAAUUCCUGCAAAAGGGGCCAGUGGAACAGAUCAUCAAAGUCCCUGGGCAGAAGGAUAUUACACGGCCUGGAAUUGACGUCGUCAAUGUGGAGAGGGCUUAUUAUUCCGCAUUCGCCCUGAAACCUAGAAGGUUGCCGGACUAUGAUAUCACAUUCACUAUUACUGAAAAGGCAGAGCGGCAGCUGAGUGAUCUUAAUAUUGAACCGACAGAUCACCUUUUCCGCAUUCCCCGCUUCCACAUCAAAGAUGCAUCUCAAGUCCGGGUAUUUGAAACCAAGGGUUCACUGGAAACAACCAUGGCUGCCAGUAGUUUUUCGGCUGAAUCCAUCGAUGUAGCUGUUGGAGGGUCUGGCUUUGGAAUUAGCGGUGCUGCCAAGGGAGGUGCCAGCUGGAGCAACGAUGAGAAGAGUGCAAGCUCCAAAUUCAACGACACCAAUUAUAUGCAUGUUGUCUACGAGUUUCCUCGAGUGAAGUUGAUUCUGAAUGAGGAAACCCUGGAACUGAGCAAUGAAUGUAAAGCCGAUAUUCAAAGCCUGCGACACAGACGUACCCUCGAAGAGUUGCACCGCUUUGAGAAGAGAUAUGGCGUAUUCUUCACACGCAAUGUCCAACUCGGAGGCAAGUUGGUUUCUAUCGAUGAAUCGGACUCUGUAGCUGGAGCUAGUCUGAGUGAGAAAACCAAGACGCUCAAGGCAGCAGCUAAGAAUUCUGGUAGUCAGACGACUUCAACCGAGAAGAAAAUGACGCACUCUAUGUCUUGGUCGGCUGAUGGAGGAGAGACAACUUUCUGCAAUAACCCGCCAAAAUGGUGUCCCACUGUGACGUCCUUCUACAACUGGCGAGUGAUGAAGCAAGACGAUGUUAUCAACAUAUACGAAUUAAUCGGCAAACUCCCUGGCUAUGAAGACAUCCCUACUCUGGUCCAGAACAUCCUCCAUAUUAACGCAGACCCAAAAACCCUUGUCGGCUUUUCGCUUCAUCUGCAGCCUGAUAAUGCCAAGCACGGCAAAAGGACACUCUCCUUUGGCCAGCCUGAAGGAAGACAUAUAGCCCAUUCGCAUAUGGAUCCAGCUUUGAUAGAUCCUCAUUCCCUCCUACUGCACGGGAAGGAGCUCAUUUCAGACGUGACCCUCAAACCAAAAGAAGCUGGGUAUCGUCCAUACGGUACUGCAUUUGGGAUUCCCAUGACGGCGGGUCAGACAAACAUUUCGCUGGUUAAGAGCACAAAGGCCGGUGAAGAAGGCAUCAUUUACCCUCGACUCAAAUAUGGCGUCAAAUACCCCGUCCAGUACCUAGUCAAUGAAGGAGAGGAUGACGAAAAAACCACCUCGUUGUUCACUCUCCAGGUCGGGGGUGACAAAUCCUCCAACCUGUUCCUGUACGGAGAGGAAGAAAAAGCAGCCAAUGUCAUGGUGGAAUUUCUCGGAAAGAAGAACACUCCAGUCAAGGAUUACAGCAUGGUAGCGCUAGAAUUCUCAUAUGUCCUCCAAGGCGCCACCAUCCCCCAUGUAUCCAACUUCCGAUUCAAAGACAUCGAUGAUAUAAAGAAGCCUGACAUUGAAGAGAUGAUGCAGAAAAUCGUCCUGCCCAAAGAGCCUCGGGAACCUCGCCAGCCUGAGUUCACAAAGUAUGAACGCGGAACAUUUGAUUUUAGCCCAGACUGGCCUGGCCCCCAGUACCAUAACAUGGCAUCAUGGCAGAAGACCCCGGAAGUUGAAAGGCGCCUGAAAGCAUUCUACAAGAAGCUUGACGACUUUGAAGACGAAAAGAGGAGAUACAAGGCAGAAAAAGAGGAGCAUGACAAGAUUGUGCACGAUAUCCUUGGGAAGGUCAGUGGAAAGACGCAACGGGAGUACGAGUUGCUCAAGACAGAAUGGGACCAGCACCAGGAGGUCAUGAACCAAUUCGUGCCCUUUGAACAAAUGAUCUUCCAGAUUGAUUACUGCGAUGAGGAAAAUAAAAAGAACAUCAUCACCCAGAGGGAGGCAGCCGUGGCUGCGUUCAAAGCAGAGCAGAAAGAAAAAGCCGAAAAGCUCGCCAAGGAGGCCAAGGAGGCUCAAGAGGGCAAAUUCGCUGCAGUAGCACAAGCCAUAGCGGCUGCUUUUGAAGAGGCCCAUAAGGAAAAGCUUAAGAAACGGACUGCACUUAUGUCAUCACACAUUGAACGUUGGACCGAUUACAAGUGGGUGCUUGUGGAGAAGCCCAGGUUGGAACGGAUAAAACGCUCGAUGGAGGCAUCUGAUGCAAUAAAGGCGGCUAAACUAGGUGCGGAUAUCCAGAAGAAGGACGAUGCCAUCACCAUGCUGGCAGAGUAUGAUUUGGAAUUGGACUUUCAGGGGGCAUGCGCUGCUUUCUGGAACAAUCCGUUCUUCCCAGCUGCCAUGGCCAAAAUCUCUAUUCCAACUUAG